AUGGCCAUCGCAAGGGAGAAAUGGCUACAGUAUGUGUGAAGUGUACUUCUAACUCGAAAUUCAGCGUUCAAUGAUAAUCGCAACUGGCCAAAACUACUCGCAAGUGCUACCGGAAGUGUUCGUGCGCCAGGAUUAAGUGUUUUUCGCCGCGAAUGUGCAUCGACAGGUACUGAAAAUUGACCCCAAAAUCCUCACCACUUGGAAUGAAAUUGAUUCCAUCAUAAUUUUCUGAGUUCCGUCGUCGCCGUGCCGUUCCCAACAUAAGAUACACACACAGUCUUGAAAUUGGUGCUUUUUUUCGAUCUCGUACUCUCACGACGCGCCCGCUAGCGAAUAAUACACAGAACAAAGUGCAUACCUGCCUUGCCUUGUGCUGUAGAACAAACCACCCGACAAUCGGUUACGGAUUGAUUGAUUGCGUGAGUGAACGGGACAGGUGUGUUUGUGUAGAAAAAGAAAAAGACAUUUCGUACCGUUCGUUUUCGGCAACUGCGAUAGUGGGCUAGAAUCGACGAGCAAAAUUAUUACCGAGUGAUUGUGGAGGAAUCGACUAGCAAUAAUUAUAGGUUUUGGCAGCACUGAAUACAAAACGGACGGACAGACCACACCACCAGUCUCAGUGUCAUCGCCGUCUCGUGCGGAUUGAGGCGAUUUUUUCGCUGCCUAUUCACGCCAGUACUCUGCUCUUCUCGUGUCCCUAAAAUAGAAAUUUUAAUAUGUGAUGUAUAUUAGUAUUUAAAGGCAAGGCAAAAUUCGAGUGAAAAAAAUUGAUUUCAUAUUAUAGAAUAAGUGUAGGGAAAAAAGUGACAUUGCAGAGUUUUCGCAGCAAGAAUUGCAGUGGUUAAACGGGGUGGCAAAUUGUACCAAGUGUCAGUGUGAAAAUUUUUCCGACCGAGUGAAUUCGUGUGUGCAGCAGUAAGAAUAUUCAUUGAGAAGAGCGCCUCGCAAGGAAGGACUCCGGCUCGUCGAAGUGUACUUUUCUGUCGUCAGCUAUUCUAUUCGAAACUUUAUUAUUCUUCUUGCCAAGUGCGUAAGUGUAAACAGCCGUAGAAUCAAAAGUGAUUAUUUUGCUAUUUGCAUAAAUAUAUAUACACACACAAAUACAGGAACAAGGCACACCAUUGCAUAAUUGAGUGAAUACUGGUGGUGAGCCAAUCCAAAGGUGUUUCUCGCGACUCGUCGUUACCGUGUGUAUAUGAAUGGGCGAACAUCAUCAGCUUCGAGAAGUUUGCUGAUAAGCAAAUGAAAUCAACAAAACAGUAAAAACAAACGCAGCUAGGAUUAUUAUCUUGCAGUCAAAAACGGUAGCAAAUAUUGCUUCCUUCAUCGCAAAACGUUGCUUGUUGCGAUUUCAGGAUAGGAAAAUUCCACAAAGCACACAUACAUCACAUUUAAACAAGCUUAUUGAUGAAUUGCACUAUUAUUUAGAGAAAACUCUAAAUAGAAUCUAUGUUUUUUUCAGUAACAUGCAGUAGUAUUCGAACCUCAUAACGAAUAAACAGCAAAUAACGGAAAAUGCAAAACUUCAUCUCUAGUAUCGAAAAUCAUACAAAGAAUUUAGAUGUAUCAAUGAUUAAUUUUAAGGAAUUCGAUAAAAAUAUCAUCAGUACUGUUACUACUACUGCUAAAUCUACUACUUCUACUAUUAAAACUGCUGUUUCUACUACUAUUACUCAAAACAACACGAACAAGUCUGAAUACGCUUUUAAGAAAUCACUUAAUAGUUUGCUAAGUUUAAACCGAGCGCAAACAACGGAGAAGCAGAGUGAGAAGGGGAUCUGUCUGCUGCGUUUUCUGAUUCAACCGGAGCUGGAACCACUGUUACUACAAUCGAUUUUUGAGUCUGAAUCACAAUCAGGGAUUGUUUCCGACAUUCUUUUAAUUGUAUCAAAUAAUUUGAUUAUUUGUAAAAAUGCUACAAAAUUCAACAUCGAUUGUGCUACUUUAGUGGUGAUUGAGGAUCAGCAUUCGCAGUAUUUCGAUCAGCAUACGUUUUCGGCGCUGAACGAUGCAUUGAGAGAACUCACAUUAAAACCGGCUAACGUUGAGAGUGGAUGCUCUUCUAAAAGGAUGAAGGCAGAAGAAAAUUUUACACAUUUCAAUCAUCUGAUCAGAAGCACGAUGAAAGAUAAUGACACUGUGAAUAUGAUAUGUGAUUCAAUUGAUUACCUGAUAACAGUAAAUACUAAUCAUAGUUUAAUGAUCGAUGAAGGUAGAAGCUUGAUCUGUAAUGACCAAAUGCUAGAUUCUAAGAAUAACAAAGAUAAAGCCAUGGCAGAUGAUCCAACUGAUGCUAAUACUUCCAAACAAGCCAAACGAACCUCGAAACUAGAAACUGCAUACGUUAAGUUUGAUGAUCUUUUGCGUAUGUGCGACUGGGAGAAGACUGUCUUGAAAGCCGGCGUUUGUCCGCGACUGAGAUUGUGCGGCGGAGGAGAAGAUUCUAUAAAUGGGACGAGUGCUUGGGGUAAUCCAGGCGCAAGUAAUCCGGGUAAUGCAUGGGGAACAGUUAAUCCUCAGCAGUCCGGAGCAUGGGGAAACAAUCCUCAACCGGGAACUCCUGGAACAUCAGCAGCUGGAGCAGGUAUGAAGCAACCACCACAACCACCAACAGGUGGAAUGCCAACUGAAAAUCCCGAGCCAAACGCAUGGUCUGGAGGAAAUCCUGUUAUUUCGGCCGGUUCUAAUGCUCAAAAUCCGCCAAAUGGAGUAAACAAUGUAGUGAACAACAACAGUAACAGUUCAAAUCCAACACCACAACAACAACAACCAACCGACCCACCAACGGCACAACCAAAUUCAAAAUUGGAACGACUUAAUACUAUGAUCGAAGCUCUGCAUGCAUUGGAUGGUUGGGGCUCUGAAAAUGUGAAUCAAGAUACACGAUGGGAUGUACCGGCAUCACCAGAACCUGGUUCUAAACCGGAUCCAAACAGUGCAACCAGUGGCCCAACUGCUGGAAUCCCUAUGUGGAAAACUAACACUGGUUGCGAAAUUUGGGAAGCCAAUCUUCGUAAUGGUGGGCAAAUGCCCCAGCAACAACCGGUUCAAAAAACUCCUUGGGGACCAUCGACAAACAUUGGCGGCACCUGGGGCGAAGAUGAUGACUCUAACGAUCCAGGAAAUGUUUGGAAUGGAGCAACGGGGGCAAACCCUAACGCCGUGGUACCACAAGGCGGUCCUUCACAGCAGCCUCCAUGGAAUGCAGCUGGAGCUGGUAUGUGGGGUCCAGGAGGAGCCGGAGGAGUUGGCCCCAGUGGCAUUAAGAAAGACAAUGACUGGGCUGGGGCAACCGGUCCAUCUGCUGCAACCUGGGAUCAGCGCAGUGCUCCUCCUGUUGGUGGCCCUGGCGUAACCGGUGGUAUUGAUCCAGCUAGUAUAGAUAUGCGUAAUAUGCGCAUCACUGGAGGAAUGGACGGUAACCGAGAAAUUCGUGGAGAUCCACGGGGAAUUUCUGGUCGUUUGAAUGGAAACGUUAAUCUUUGGGAACAACAUCAACUUCCUGGCAUGGCUCCGAACAAGAUUCCGGGUCCAACCACACCCGUUACUCCUGCAGGUGCCAAUCAAUGGCCAAAUAAUCAAAUACAAGGGCAUAACAAGUCCAGUUGGGAGGAUAGUUCUACUCAAGGAAUUCGUCGCAACGUCGAUGACGGAACAGGACUGUGGAGUCAAAACACACUUAAUCGUCAAAAUCCCAAUGUCUCUAAUUGGAAGGAUAACCCCGAAGGCUUGCAAAGAAACUCGGUACAGAGGAAUUCCAUUGUUGGCGGUAAUUUGCCAGGCCCAGCUGGAGGAAGACUUGGGAACAAUGGUCCUAUCAAACCAGAUUCACUCUGGGGACAAAACAAUAUGGGGGCACGUGCAAAUGCUGGCUGGGAAGAAGGCAAUAAUUGGGAGGAAAAGACCUCUGGUGGUGCAUUUUGGAAUGAAAAUGGUGGCGCAGGAAAUUGGAACAACAAUAAAGGCAAGCAACAAAUGGGAGCUAAUUGGAACGACGCUGGUAACGAGAUGCCAUCUGAAUGGGGAAUGCAAGGCAACGGCAUGAAUAAACCUCCGAAGAAUCCGUUAGAGUUUAUCAGAAACAGCAAACAGUAUCGCAUGCUUUGCGAGAUGGGUUUCAAAAAAGAAGAUGUGGAAACCGUUUUGCGCUUAUCUAAUAUGAAUCUCGAAGAAUCAAUAGAAAUGUUACAACGGAACGGAUCUACCACAGAUUGGCGCCGACCCGAUAAUCACGGCCCAGGAUUUGGUGAUCAAUUCGGUGAACGUUUUUCAGUUGGUGGAAAUUCUUCACUUCCAUUCCCACAGAAUAACCAAAAUCUACUUAGCGCUUUUGGUGGUAAUCCAAAUAUGAACUCUUUCAACAACAUGAAGUAUGGAGCUGGAGGUCCUAACGGGGUGACAUCCGGACCUUUCGGUCAACCUGGAGCUCAAAAUGCACAAUCACAACCUUCGACACAACAACUACGAAUGCUGGUACAGCAAAUUCAAAUGGCUGUACAACAUGGAUACCUGAACCAUCAAAUCCUCAACCAACCUUUGGCACCGCAAACGUUACUGCUAUUGAAUCAACUUUUGAAUCAUAUCAAGCAAUUGCAAGUGAUGCAGAGCAAUUUAAACCGUAGUGGUGGAGGAGCAAGUGCUGUACAAAUUUCGCUUGCCAUCAAUAAACUGAAAUCACAGAUUGGUAAUCUACAAAAUCAAAUAACUGCUCAGCAAACGAUAUACGUCAAGCAACAACUACAACAACAGCAGCAACAAAAUAACGCAAAUCCUCUUUCUGCUGGUCAUCCCUCCAAUGAUCUUUUCCGUACUCCAAAUGAGCUGUCAGGAUUGCCAAGCAAUUUUGCAGAAAUGUCAUUAAAAGAAAACAAUGCUCCUUUCCCAUCGACCGGUAGUACUAGUCAACAGUCUCGCUUGAACCAGUGGAAAUUACCAUCUGCUGUUAAUGAUAAGGAUUCAGAUCUCACUGAUUUCGCACGAGCUCCCGGAACUACCUCAAAACCACCUCCAGGCAGUGGACUAGGGGGAAUCGAUGAUGGUACAUGGUCUAACGGGCGCUCAAACGUGGGCGACGGAUGGCCGGAAACAAAUGCUCAAGAUAAUAAAGAUUGGACAGCAAAUACCGAUGCGUUUACUGAUCUGGUACCCGAAUUUGAGCCUGGUAAACCAUGGAAAGGUACACAAACAACACGCAUUGAAGAUGAUCCAACCAUUACUCCAGGAAGCGUUGCACGUUCUCCUCUAUCAAUUGCAGCUGCCAAAGAAUCUAAUUUGUUUGCCAAUAGUAAUAGUUCUAAUAAUAACAAUAACGUUAUUAAUAGUAAAUCUUCUCCAACGGAGUCAAUACCUUCUUCGACAUGGAGCUACAAUCCAAAUAGUUUUGGUUCAUCGAAAUUGCCCAAAAACACCUGGCCGGAUAGUAUCGUUCCCCCAGCAGAUCUUUGGGACAAUUCUCUUGGUAAAGGACGCGUCGGCCCAGCAGGUAUUAAAACUGGCGGCGGAAAAAUGGAUGCAAACGGUUGGAAUGCAGCCCAUGGAGGAACCGGCGCCGCUGGAGGUUGGAAUAACGCUGGCAGCUCAUGGACUUCAACUUGGAUUCUACUGAAGAAUCUCACAACACAGAUUGAUGGUUCAACAUUAAGGACUUUGUGCAUGCAACACGGUCCUUUACUAGCCUUCCACGUUUAUCUGAAUCAUGGAGUAGCUUUGUGCAAAUACUCAUCACGUGAAGAAGCUAAUAAAGCACAACUUGCAUUAAACAACUGUAUGCUGGGUAACACAACCAUUUGCGCGGAAAUUCCCACUGAAAGCGAUGUACAAAAUAUUUUGCAACACUUGGGUCCACCUAGUGGUUCUAACGGAAUGGCCGGAGGGCAGUCGGGUGGACAGAAUUGGAGAUUGGGAGCUGCUGCCCAAUCGCAACCAACGAGACCUCCAGUCAACGACACCUGGGGAUCUGCCUGGCCAAGUAGCGGUGCUGGAAACAAUUUGUGGGCUCCUUUGGAUGGGCCAUCUGACCGUACGACGCCAGCCAAUUUGAACUCGUUUUUGCCUGAGAGUUUGCUCGGCACCGAACUGAAUUGAGCUAUGUAAAUCUAAGAAAAAAAAAACCAAACAACCGUACCCGUACUGCAAAGGCAGUGAACGUAGCUAAAUUAAGAAUUAAAAGUGAUCUUUUUGGACAAAACGAUCUUGUUGGUCAUCAAAGAACGAUGGUAGCUGAAGGCCUGGGUUCAUAAAUAAAAGAAGUGUCUUUUCAGAGUCAGCGGUUUCGCCUGGCAUAGUAUUAAGGUGUUGUGAAUGUUUUUAUCAUUUUAAUAUAACGAUAUACAAUUAUAUAUUUGAACCAUAAAAGUUAAAGGACGGCAAAAAUCCUAACAUUUGCUUAAAACAAAAUUCAACAAAAAUCAACAACACACAAAAACGAAAACUGAAACAUUUCAAGUCAAAGAAAAGUCUAGUUAUACGUUUCGAAUGUUAAGUUUUACACUAUUGUAAAUUAAUUUCAACGUGUGAGAGGUCUUUAUAAGCCUCUAAAAAACAAAUCUUACGAAUCCUAUUAAGUUUAGAUUGGUUUAGUUUUAAGAAAGAAGUGUAUCUUUUUUACCCAACCUUGCGAUAUUUUGUUUUUGUAGCAUUCACUUCGGCCGUUUGGUCUGCAUGAAAAAUUGUGUGACUAUAUAAUAAUUGUGAUUUGAAAAAAAAAGAAGUGAACCCCACAAACACAAUUAUCCACAUUUUGUGGUAAUAAGAAGCAAUUUACGGAAAAAUCAAAUGUGGUAUUAGCCUACGAACAUUUAAAAAUGAAAGAUAGACAAGGUAACUAACGCUAAUGAAAGACAGCCGAAAUCUACUUUUUCGAUACGUUCGACAACAUUUCGUGAAAAGGCUAUCCCUAAUGAAGCAGACACUGUUGUAAUUUUACUAAUCAUAGGACCUUAUUCGAUUCGUUCGAACCUGAAAACGCUUUUCAACGAACGCCAUUUACAAAAGAAAGCUUUGAAAUGUAAGAGUAUUGUUACAGUAAAAUUAUAUACUAGUAAUGCUAGUUAUACAAAAUGAAAUGAAAACAAAAAAACUAAGCGGCGAAUAAUGUCGACAAAAUUAGAAUAUUUAAGCUUAACGAACCCUCAAAGACAAGGAAACAGCACGAAAUCAUAGUGUGAAAGUAACCUAGCACAUUUUCCUCAUUUUAUUGAUAUUUUUAAGCAGAGUGUAGAGAAAAAUAUCGGUUGUAUUAUUUAUUGAAUUUGUUUUGUAAUAUUUUUUUUUAUAAAAUGAUAAAACUUUUUUUACUAAGUUUAUGCGGCAGUUGGAAGAUAUAAUGAUUAAAUCAAAGUGAUAACGUUCCACUUUAAACUCGCCCGAUCCCAUCAAUUGUUCGUGCUCAGCGUCCAAAAUACUCCGUCAAUUGGUUGGUAAAAUGAGGCGCUAAACAAAUCAAAAGCAGCAAGGUCGUAUCUUCAUACAUAUUUUGAUGUAACUGGUAAAACAAUGUUAGGAUUAAAAUGUUAUGGCUAUUCAACAAUGAGUGCACAUUGUAGAAAAAAAAAACAGUGAAUUAGCUCUAAUCUCAUGAGAUAUAAGAUAAUUGAUAAGCGUAGCAAGUGUGAUGGUAAGCACAUCUACAUGAAUGCUAAACUCUUAUCAAUAUAAUGUUCCGUAGUAAUCACACGAGUAGAAAUAAAUGUAAAAAUAUUUUUUCUAUCGCGUGUGAAUUACUUUCGAUGUUUAUUUUAAGCGUAUAUAUGUAAGAGAGCGUUGAAACACGUGAAUGGUGAUUGAUUAAUGGGGAGAUAGUCUUGAACUGACUCCCUCUGGAACAAAUUAUGACUUUUGCUCAAUUUAGAGAACGUUUAUUAUUUCUAACAUUAGAUUAGUUUGCAUUUCUCAAGAUAUGGCUUGAUUUUGUUCUUAUUCUGAUUUCGAAGCCUCUGCAAUAACUCCUGUCAGUAUCUGCUGUGCCGUUAUUAAAUCGAGUUAUCAGUAGAUGUUUUAUUCCAUGCUAUGAUAAAAAUGAACCGCUAGUAUUUUGAUGGUGACAAGGUGGAAUACUCAUGAAUGCUUUUGAAUACAAACGUAUAGAAUCUCAUCCGAUGAUAAAUACUGAUAAUUUCCAUGCAGAGCAUCUUAUGGCGCUUAUACGUAUAAGACAGUCGAAAUCAAUUUAGGAAAUGAUGAAGCCAUUAUCUUUCGAUAAGCAUCUUCCAGAUAAAAAACCAAAUUUUCUGAACGCUUUCUUUAUUUGUAGGCAAAUUCUAACCUAAUACCAUGUGCCAAAAACGUUAAAAUAUAUUCCAAACAGGGAUGUCCAGAAUUCUACAGGCAAAUCGCACCCAAUCAAUCGAUCCACUAGUGUGUAUGAUAAACGGCUUUUCUAACUUGCCAUGUAAUAUAUUCCAAAAAUUAUCUUUAACAUUUCAGCCGACAAAAGAACAUUAAAGUUGUAACAAUGAUUACCCUUAAUCUGAGCCUGCGUUAAUAUUUAGAUCAUAGGAAAAAAAAUGUUUCAAGCCAAAUUGAAGCAGACGUGUUUCUUAUCGUCGGAACUAGAGUCCUUCUUGUGCGAUUUGAGUUGACUAUUUUGUGAUAACUACUAAAACAACUAGGUUUCAAACCAAACUCCAAAGUUUUUUUUAAAUCCAACAUACACGCAUAGUUUUUUUUCUUGUUUCUUGUCAAACUAGACUGCACCCAAAUCAAAGUGCCAGCUAAGCGUACAAUUUAACGGCACAUUUCCUAAAACGUAGCAAAAGGAAACCUUAAUCGCAAUCGAGAUCGCUUGAGUUAUAGCUUUAAGGAAAACUAUUUCAUCUUUCUUCCAGUGUGUAAGCGAGAAACAAAAAAAAAAUGUUUUAGUAAGUAUAAGAUGUUUCUUCUAUAUCUUCCAAAUGAACAAAAGUGUUUUUGUUUUUCUGCUCACAAUUUAAAUCUGUUAUUUUUUUUAAUAUUUCUUAUUUACCCGUUCCUCCGGAUAAUCCACCCACAUUAAGUACCAGUAUACACAUGAAAGCUAUAGUUUUAAGAGACUUAAAAGCUUAUCCUAGUUUGUAGAGUUGAUGUGAUUCUACUGAAGUCGGAUGUGACUAUGAAUUGGUCCAGAUACGCAUUUUGUCCAUUUGAGCUUUUGUUUCAAAAUAUGUUUCUUUUAUCAGCGGCUAAACCGAGCUAAUGCAAACGUUUCGUGUUGUUUCUCCUAUAUAUAUAUAUAUAUAUAUGUAUAAUCAAUCGAAUCUUUGAGUCUUUCAAAGUCUUCAUAUACAUAUAUACUCUUCUCACACUAUUCGAAAGAUUCUUUUCCGACGGAGUUAUCACGUUUUCGUAGCCGUAUCACGACAUAACUUGACGAACAUAUUUCCUAAAAUUCACUUGGUCCAUGGCAACCGUUCUCCAAUUUCUCGGACAUCCCACAUUCGCCAGAUCACGCUCCACUUGGUAUGAUGACCUCGCUCGUUGCGUCCCUGCUCGUCUCUAUCCUACCGGAUUCGUAGCAAACACCUGUUUUACAGGACAGUUGUCCGACAUUCUCGCAACAUGUCCUGCCCAGCGUAUCCGUCCAGUCUUCAUCAAUUUCUGGAUACUGGGUUCGUCGUCGAGUCGCGCAAGCUCGUGUUUCAUCCUUCGCCUUCACGCUCCGUUUGUCUGCAAGUCGCCUAAGAUGGUUCUUAACACUCGUCGCUCAAAUACUCCUUGUGUACGCAGGUCCUCCUCGAGCAAUAUCCAUGUCUCGUGCCCGUAGAAAACAACCGGUCUAAUGGGCGUCAUGUACAGGUUACACUUCGUGCGAGGGCUAAGUCUUCUCGACCGUAGUUGCUUGUGGAGUCCACAGUAGGCAUGACUUCCGUUGAUCUUGUUAUCAAUAUUGAUUCACAAAGAAACGCCCUAGCUCACACUUUUCAACGCCUAUUUCUUCUAUCAAAACUAUCUAGCUUUAAUCGUUUCUCCUAUCAAUCUAUCCCAGCGACGAUCAAAACGAGAUAACAUAAUAUAAAUUGAGUAAUUAAGAGUUAAGAGGAAAUUCGGAAACGAUCGAAUUUCUCUUAGACUGAAACAAUGGACUAUAAGGGUUCAACGAGAUCAUAUUCCGAAAUCUGUCUGAGUACACAUUUCUAUAAAGAAAUAAGUGAACACGGUUAGAUUGGAUAAACAAAAGCUCACGGUUCAAAAUGAAACGUCAAUAACUGGCCAAAAAAGUGUUACCAUUAUUCAGUUUAGUUAGUUGAAUUUAGUUAACAACCUAACAUCACUCGAAAUAAAGACUCAAUUUAAAAUCAACUAUAAAGGACAGAUAACACAAAGAGACCUUUAAAAAAUCUUUUGUCACAUGACAUGAUGAGAUAUAAUUGUACAGAUACAAUUUUUAAAUGUGUCAUUGGAGAUCCGGUUACACUUGAAACCGAAUGGGAAUAAUAUCUGGUCCCACCAAUCCACAUGAUACUAUUAUUGUUUUUUUUUCAUUUUUAAGAUUCCCCUGUUAAACCAAUGAAAACCAAUGGUUGUUAUUUUUAUAGAGAGCUAACUUAAGUAUAGGCAUCGAGGAAAUUUCCACGCUUUUUUUCAUUCCUUCAAGCAACAAAACAAUUUGUCACAAAUGGACAAUUUAAUUUGCUUCAUUUUACAACUUUCAUAGUGUGGAGCUUAAUACCCAUGUCAAUUGUAAAUUAAAACGAUUGAUGGACUAAAAACAUACAUAUAAGCAAGUCUGUAACAAGGAACAGUUUAAAUCUGGCUGUACUUUCUAAGUCUGCAAAAUCAAACAUGGUGCAAAAAAAACCUGAAAUCAGGUCAUUGUGUCAACGCAAAUACAAAUAAAAAGAACUAUUAUCCUACGACAUGCACACUCACACAAACAAACACGCAUCAGUUCGUUUAGCAUGUAUGCGCAAAUUAGAGCACAUUUAGGAGUCACAAAAUGGAAACAAUAGUCGAAAUACGUCAAAUUUCCAUGCUAGGUCCAUCAGAUUCAGAGGCAAUUUACUCAUCAUUCUAUUAAGAAUAUUAUAUUUUCCACACAAAACGCAAACAGCUGAGGAACGUAAACCACACAAGGAAUGUUAAAAUUAACAUGCAAAGGAAAUAUUUUUACUAACAGUAAAUUAAAUUUAAUACGGAAGAGUGUUCAUUUAAGUAAUAAUGCAAAAAAAAAAAACAAAAACAAAAUUAUAGUCUUAUUUUCUUAUACUAAGUAAAUCAAAUCUAAAAAAUGGGAUUCCCAUUUAGAUUCACACAAAGGAAAAUGAAAAAAAAACAAAACAUAAUAAUAAAACAAGACUGAUUUAACGAUAAUGGUUAAUGAAAAAUGAAAAAAAUAUAAUAAUUACAAUCACAUAUGAACAACAACAUAUACAUACGUAUCAUGAUUUCUACAUAUAUUGAUGUGUAAUUGACUAUAAAACUUUUAUGAAACAUCAUCUUUCAACCGACGUUGAGUAAAACUAGAUUUGAGAACCAGGCCGAAACUAAUGAAGAAAAUGGUAACACCUGUGAAAAACUAUUAUCAUAAAGAUCUCGAGUGUCAAAACAAUCGAGUCACUUUAGUUCAUCUAGAUAAGAAAAAAAAAAACAUGUCGCCAAAAUUUGACAAACCCCUCGAACAGACGUCAAAAACCACACCGGAUUACAAAAAGGAUACCAUCGCAUAUACUACUUGUGAUUUCAAUUUGUAAAUUUCAGAAAUCACACCGGAAAAACACAAACAUGAGCAAAACAGAAAAAAAAAUCAAAAUACGAAACCCGGUGUAUUCAUUCAUUCGAAUCAUAUCGAUUAACUCCUACUUGCGCUGCUUCAAAGCCUUUAAAUGUUUGUUUUUCUGCUUCUAUCUAUUUUCGGUGUCUAUAACAACUUUUCGUAAUAUGCGAAAGAUCCAUGUUCUGAAUCAAGUUUAGCAAUUCACUAACGAAAAGGUACCUGAUGAAGAACCCUGUUACAAAUCGAUACGCUUGUGUAAAAUGGAUUGCAUAUGAACAUGGUUACUGAUACACGUUCAGGAAUCUUCCUUACAUAUUUCAUAGCUUCCAUGCUCAUAUUGGUUAUUUUCGAUAUUUGUUUAUAUUUGUUCAUCUUUCAAGAUAACACUAGUUUAAUUGAACUUUCCGAUCUACCAGUUGUUUACGUGAGCACAUAUUUAGUUUUUUAUAAGCUAUAGAUGUGCUAUCCUUUAUUCACUUUUAGGUUAUGUUACAUGUUCUAUCUUUAAAUUCCAUGAUUUGCGAAGGUCAACAUUACUUCGUGUUCUGUUCUUCUAACCUUCAGUUUUAUUUAUUAUGAACUUGUAAACGUUUUGGAACAAGAGCGGUCAACCUCCGCUUAUGUCAAGUGCUUUUAGUAUAACAUCUAUUAAAACAUAUUCGUGAAACUUCAAAUGCGAUAAUUUUUAUAUAUAUUCACUAAGCAUAAAGAAGAACAAAGUGCUGUCCAUUUAUUGCUUUAAUUAUUUUUUAAAUUGAUAGUUUUCUUAUUGUUAGAUUAUCAAUAGAAAUUUCCAACGUAUCGAUUUCCGACGGGUUCAAUUUCUAUCUCAACCCAUAUAUUUACUUUCAUUAAAUCCUACAAUAUCGACACCGCUUUUGAAAAAUGUCUGAUUUAAAAUGUGCUCAACGUAGUUCGUUGGUGGCAAUGGUAUGUAACUGAACAAAAGCAAAAUGAGAUAUAAUACCACUCACACAUAAUUUGAACCUCAUCUCAACAAAUUCGGGUAAAUUGAAUAGUAUACAAAACUUGUGUUUAUUUCCAUAGUAAGAAGAAGUCGAAAAAAGAGAGACAGGGACAAGGAAAGAAACGUUGUUGCGAAGUUUGCAAACGUUGUCACAUCUGAACGCUAUAUUCUAGUCACACUCUGUGGUAAAAAUGCAAGAUAUUAACUAAAGGAGCGAAAUAAAAAAACACAA